GAGGGGGGGAGGGAAUGCGUACGCAGAUGGGUCGAUCCCGCGGGAGUUGCAGGCCACGUGACACUCUCUCACCCGUACCUCGGUCGGCGCACGCGUACUGCAGACAGCGUACGACCGCCAUGGAUCGCGCGAAGCGGAUAAAACAGGAGCCCCCGGACCCAGAUGAUGAGGGGCCCCGUUGCCCCAAACAAGCGGCCAGUCCCGCCCAGGAGGCAACCAGGGCCCGCAUAUCCAACCUGGAAGCUCAGUUGAAAAAACUAUGCAAGCUGAAAAGUACAGGUAAACUGGAUGCGAAAGGAGCUUUCCAGAUUCGAUGCCUGGAAGAGGAUCUCAGAAAAUCACAGUCGAAAUUAAGGAGGCUGCUGAACGAGGCAGAGCGACAGAGGAGGCGGCGAGAGAGACUGAGGGGUGCUCCCAGAGAGCAACAAUCCACAGACGAUAGCGUUAUGGCAGCCCUCAAGUCCUGCACUCGCUUCCAGGAUUUCGUCAGAGAGCUGAACUCCCUCGGUUUCAAUCUCACCCGCCAAGACGAACAAAUAGAUGACAAUGAAGUGAUGCCGGAGGUAGAUGUCCAAGUGGAACUUAUAGAAGGGGAUGGUGAAUUUCCCUCAGAUGUCAAAAUUGAUAAUACAACUACCGCAUCGUCUGAACAAUCACAACCCCGAAUCGUCUUGGGCAAGGAUGAAGAGCAAGACAAGUGGCGUCAAGAGUCUUACAGGCAAUGGUUUGAGCGUCAGACGGAACUCCAACAGAGGUGGGAAGAAGGUUUCAUGAGGGAACAAAUGGAGCUGGCAAGAUCUCUGCUGGAGUCCGUCACUGCCACCUUCUUGCAAGGUGUCCAACAAGUACUCAGCAACGUUACCUCAGGAAGACGAUUCCCACCUUUUUGUCCAGAAUCCCCAUCAUGAGUUUCCUCUUUUAACCACCAUUCAAAAAUUGUAUUAUAGACUUUGUGUAUAUCUCAAUAAAGCUCGUAAGAAUAUGCCUCUAAAA